AAAACGAAUUGUCAAAACGUGAUUUGUAUCUAUCAUUUCCAAUUGAAAUCCGAGUUCAAAAUCGUAAAUUAGUUUGAAAGAAAUUGAGUUUUUAACGUAUGAAAUUCAAUAUUCUUGUGUGGAGUUUAGAGGAAAUAAUUAUAUAGAAAAGAAAUAAACGUAGAAGCUGAAAGCCAUAAUUUCCAUCCAAAUUAGGCAUGUCACACGCCACAUCGCAGGGGCCUCAAUUACUGCAUGGCUUUAAGUGUUUAACACGCUUUGAAAAAGGAAUUGGUGCACAGCUACCGGAAGCUUAUAAAAAGUUCUGGCGUGAAUGGAAGCAAACAACGCCAGCUGCUGUGCACUAUGUGCCAAAGACAGAACCAUUUGAACGCGAUGAAGUUACUGGAGUAAUAAGACCUGUGCAAAAUGUACCCCUACCAUUAAUUGAUACCCCUGAAUCGAACGAAGGCAUUUGGGGCGGAGAGGCCGUUAUUAAAGGAUUCCAAAAGCGCCAUCCACAGAAAAGACGUGUACCACAUUUUUGGGUACCAACACUACGCCGCUCCGUGGUGCAUAGCCAAGUGUUGAACGAGUACAUUUCAAUGGUGGUGACUGAUCGCACUAUCGAUCAAAUACAUGAUUGUCAUGGCUUCGAUCACUAUCUACUGAAGAAUCUUGCUUGCGAUUUACGUUCCACACUGGCACUCAAGUUGAAACGCCAAAUUCUGCUCCAACUGAAGAAUGGUUGCCCAAAUUUGGCAGAUAAUCCAACUGAAAGGGCCCGUGUGCUUAAAGAAUUCAAAUGCUACUUGGAGUCAUAUACGCCAGAGGAAAUUGAAUGGUAUGGACACACUUACGAAGAGGCCAUACGCAAAUUGCAAGCUCAAAUUCGUGCUGAAAAUCCUAUUAUACCACAUAAAGUCGAGUUUCGCAUUAAAUUAGUGGAGCAAUUGAGAAAUGCCGGUAUUAGUGAAGCAGGUGGCAGUCAUAUCGGCGACAAAGCAGCUAAGAGCAGCGAUAACGAUAAUGCUGAAAUCGAACGUCUAACUAAACUUGAAGCGCCAUCCUCUUCUACAUCAAGUUGGCUGUCGAAAAUAAACCCAUUUGGCAAAAAACAGGAAACUUAAAAGACCGUGUAUUUAAUAUUUAAAUAAUUGUUUUAACAAAAAAAAAAAUUAUUUCAUUUAUCAAACUUAAAAUAAUAGUUCGGUAUCAAUAUAUGUAUGUGUUAGUUUCAACCAUCUAAACUUUUCACAAACGAGUUACUACUACCAUUUCUAAAAUAGUAUUGCAAAUGUGAAUAUUUACCUCGUUAAUACUUAUAAAAUAUGUGCCGGAAUAGCACAUUUGCAGUGCAAUUUAUGUUAAAUGCAAAUAAUAGCUCGAAAUCCCAGAGUGAAAUAAAACUGACCAAAUAGAAAAAAAAAA